CUGUGAAUUAGUAUACUGUGGUGAAGAUUACAAGCAAAGGAUGUGUUUAGUAUCUAAGGUAAUACAAGUGAUAUUAUUGUUUGCCAGACGGAGAAUGUAGGGACGCCCUGGACCUCAUGUCGGUUGGUGUGUUGGUUGGUCCUCCGUGCUACAGACAGAGUUGUGAGGACGCCCUGGACUGGAUGAUAGUUGGGGUGACAUGUCAGGUGUGCUACGGGGAUUCGAAGAGCGUCAGUGUGGGCCACUGAAGUCGAAACACUUCAAGCAAUAAACACCUGUUACGAUUUGUGGUUUAUUACACAUUUGGAAUCCCCAACAUUUCGACUUCAACCACAAUGGGCUGGCAAGAGGAGAUGGAAUUGUUAAAGAGGAAGAGGGCCAUUGCCAAGGGGAAAUUCACAAGAAAGGUGACCCUGCUGGAUGAGGGUGUACGGGAAGGUGAGCCAGUAUCAGUAUUGAAGAAUAACUAUGAACAGAUUUCUGAGGCCUUUCAACACCUAGAAGACAGUAAUGAUGUGAUAUUAAAAUAUGUGUGUGAUAAUAAAUUAGAAGACAAGUUAGUUAAGGAGGCUGAAGAAUACAUGAUAGAUUGUGAAAGAAUCAUGAAGAAAAGACUAACAGAAAUUAGUAGCAUUGAAAACAUACAGAACAGUGUCAAGCCUAAAGUAAAGAUAAAGGCAUUUGAGCCUCCUAAAUUUGAUGGGAAUUUAAGAGAGUACCCUCGUUUUAAGGAGGACUUUAAAAAUCUAGUCAAAAGUGUGUAUGGUGAAGAUGCGUAUGCAUUGAAAAUGUGUCUCAGUGGUGAUGCCCUUCAGACUGUCAGAGGUGCAGAAGACGGAGAAUGUAGGGACGCCCUGGACCUCAUGUCGGUUGGUGUGUUGGUUGGUCCUCCGUGCUACAGACAGAGUUGUGAGGACGCCCUGGACUGGAUGAUAGUUGGGGUGACAUGUCAGGUGUGCUACGGGGAUUCGAAGAGCGUCAGUGUGGGCCACUGAAGUCGAAACACUUCAAGCAAUAAACACCUGUUACGAUUUGUGGUUUAUUACACAUUUGGAAUCCCCAACAAUCAUUAACCUAACAAAUGUGGCGGAUGAAAGAUAAAAGAGUACAAAGCAAUGUAGCGAAACAAAACGAAAACCAUUAAAAUCACCCUGGAGUCGAGGCAUUAAAGUGGUGGGGAAACUGAGUCAAAAAUUACCUCUCGCGGCAACAGUAAGUAUUCCAGGUCUAUUCUGCCUUUAUUCCGGCCUCGCUCUUCACCUGCACCGCCCGGGUCCAAAAGAGGAGAGAUUAACGCAGCGGAAAAAUGUAUUAUUUUCUUUUUAGAGAAACGCUGCUCAGGGGAGACAUUAAAGUGUCUUCAAAUGCUGGCACGGUCUUAAGAGUGUUCAAGCAACUCGAGUAUCUUUCCUUAUCCUCAUUUCAGGAAAGAAAAGUAAAAAUUAAGUUAAGGCGACCAAAACUUUUAUUUUUAUUUUACUUGUUAUGAGCGAUUUCGCCUAAGAGAGAGACAGCACUUAAAUUAUGUAGCAUUGUGCUGCGUAAAUCAAGAACGCCUCGGCCACACAGCUGACCAUCGGUGCCUUCUGACAAACAGGGAUGCGUUAACUUCAUCUACUAGUAUAUUUUAUAAAAAAAAUAAAUAAAAAUAUCAUAUACAGUACUAUAUUAUGCAUUGAUUAGUUUGGGGCCUCAGGAAUGUUUGUUGUGUGUCACCUAUUUAUAUUUGCAACGUACGCACUCCUAGAACACAGCAAGGAUAAAAGAAGCAAGAUUGGAAUACGUUCGUGCACAAAGUUUCCCUUCAUAUCUUCCUCCCAAGCAGAAGCAAGUCAAGGACACAAUUGCGCGAGUUUGCUACACUUGCACCCACUAAAAGUAAGGGAGGAAGAUGUGGAAGCUCCAGAUGCCAUCUAUUACAAAUCCCGGUAGUGAUCACAGCCAGACAUAUGAAUAAACAAACUGUCUUGGUGUGGAAGAUGAAAUGAGGUCUGUGGUGGGCGGUGGCAGAGACCCUCCCUCUGCCUCACACUCUCCCACGCCUCAGCUGGCCAGCGUCUUCACAUAAUAUUAGUGAGGAAUCUUGAGGGUUUGGCGGCGCAUCUAUUGACAUCCUGGCCGGCUGGCGGGGCAAUAUAUUCUGCUUCAUAUCGCAUCUCUAGCUGGAGUAUCUUAAAGCCAUACGUCUCCGGCACACGUUUCCGAUAACUUGGCGAUGAGCGGAGGA